AUGCAGACAGCUCGUCUCUUCCAGGGCAAUCUGAACCUUGCAGCUGCCAACAUUCGGGAUUAUGAAAAGAAAGAGCAGAGGAAUUUGGGCGUCUGGCUGUCUCUGAACCAAUGGCUGAGGCUGUACGAUGAGGACACGCGCUUCUGGUGGACGACAACCGCGCCCAUGCUGGGCCGGAUGAUGGAGUUGAUUGGCUACGACCAAGACGCACAGCAGAAGCACCUGCUCUUCUACUACAUCUAUGUCCUACCCUCGCUAGGUAGACGGCCCUCCCCCGAAGGCUACCCAACCGGAUGGAACAGCUUCAUGACCGACGACUACUCUCCCCUCGAGUUGAGCUGGGAUUGGGGUGUCGCCGAGGGAGAGUCCAGUGUUCGCUUCUCGAUAGAGCCAAUCGGAAAAUAUGCGGGCACGCAAGCCGACCCUCUGAACCAGAAGAUGGUCUACCAGCUUGUCGAUGGACUUCGGCCCGCCUUCCACCACACCUUGGAUCUGACCUUGUUCGACGUCUUCUCCGAGGCGCUGACUACAUCCCGCGAAAAGUUUGGCACCCGGAAGCUCUCUCUUGAAGGACGCUCCCAGUACUUUGUCGCUUUCGACCUUGAUGUCGGACAUCCUCGUCUGAAGGCGUACUUCAUGCCUGGACUCAAGUCGAUUGAGUCGAAUACCCCGGUUUCCGAACUGGUGGUCAAGGCGAUGGAUGCUUGCGAGCUGCAUUUCGGGUCCCUGUUCAUGCAAGCCUUUCGCAGGUUGAAUUCCGACCUCGAGGCCUUCUCAGCGACUAGCUACCAUCGCCCCGAGAUUGAAAUCGUUGGAAUCGACUGUGUCAGUCCUGUCAAAUCACGAGCCAAGAUUUACAUCCGCCACAGGGGGACGUCUUUCGAUAGCGUGUGCCGAAUGCUGUCCAUGGGUGCCAAGGCCCCUCUCGAUGCCGCUUCAGUGGCCAGCUUACGUGAAUUAUGGGCGCUCGUCCUGGGUCUGCCAAAAGACUUUCCGUCAGACCAGGAACUUCCAUCUGUCCCUCAUCGAACCUCUGGUGUUCUCUACUAUUUCGAGAUUAAACCGACGUCAGACGCAAUCGUUCCCAAAGUGUACAUUCCCGUGCGGCAUUAUGCCAGCAACGACUUGUCCAUUGCCCAGGGUCUGGCUACAUAUUUUGAGCGCCGCGGACAGACUGUAGCAGCGGAGAACUACGUCGACGCGCUUUCGGAUAUUUUUUCACAUCGAUCUCUCGAUUCCGGGCUUGGUCUUCAUACCUACAUUUCUUGCACGUUCAAGAAGACCGGACUGUCUGUGACUUCGUAUUUCAAUCCCGAGAUUUACCAUCCAAAUCGCUACAGACAGUAA